AUGUUUAAAAUAGAAGGUUUGAAUUCAGUGGACUCUAAGAUUCUUUCAGUCUCUAACUUUCUGUGAUUUUAAGUAUCUUAACUCCCUUGUUUUUGUGCAUUUGGAACAUCUUGAUAAGCUUUCGCUGAUAAUGCAAGAGUUAUACAUAGACUGAUAAUGGUGAUUGAAUCAUUGUUUGCGAUCAGCAGUGAGAAAGGGUGUUCCAUUUCUGCUGCUGCUUCUUUUUUAUUUUUUAAAGGCUAGUCAAAUGAAGCAGUGGGAGUGGAGCAGAAACAGACAUCUGCAACUUGUAAUCAACUGGUUGUAAACACCUCUGUACUUGGGCCAGCCAAAAAUGCUCUGUUUAGCAACUAUGGUCCUAUAGUCAUAGUGUUAACAAAUUAUUUGUAUAGGGGAAUUAAAUAUCUGGAGGAUUCAAAUUACAGUUGUUACUGGAAAUAAUUUAGAGCAUUUCAGAAUUGGACAUAAAUCAAUGAUUAGAAAGUUAUUUUAAAAAGAGUAUUGAAUUUUCUUUUUAACAUAGUGAAUGAAAAAAUGACAAUAGCAAAUUAUAAUUAUUGGAAAGUCACACAAAUUUAGAAGACUCAUUGGGGUCCUUGAAUUUAUGUCAAAGUACUUCUAUAAACUACUUAGUCUAAUUCUCCCUUUUCAAGUAAACUGUGUGUAGGAAAUAUAAACAUAUAUUGGUGACUCCAUAGCAGUUUAUGAGCCUUUUGACAUUAUUACCAUACCAUGGAUAAAUUGUCAAGGUGAAUAAGGCAGGUCUAUUGAUGCAAUGAUGAUGCUUUCAUCCUUAGAACAAGCACACACUCAGUUUUCAGACUUGGUUUCCCAAAAAGAUUUACAUAAAAAAUUAUACUUGGUUUGAGAGAUGGAAUGCUAGAAGUAAAGGAAUGGUAAUUUUUAAUUAAUAAAAACCAAGCCACAUUUUCGGAAAGGUUUGCACAUACAAAGUUGUUUUAUCUUAUGGGAGACAUAUCCUGAAGACUUUGCAUGCUUCACAACAUACAUCAUUCCCCUUUAGCUGCCGUCUUGCAUCUCCACAUGUGUGCGCCUAAUCUCAGCUGGUCCACCCGGGACCCUCUGAGCACCAACCCUAGUUCUCUGCAUGGCCCCUUAUCUGCUCUGAUAGGAUGAAAGAAACAAUCAUGAAUCAGGAAAAACUUGCCAAACUGCAGGCACAAGUGUGCAUUGGUGGGAAAGGAACUGCUCGUAGAAGGAAGAAGGUGGUUCAUAGAACAGCCACAGCAGAUGAUAAAAAACUUCAGUUCUCCUUUAAGAAGUUAGGGGUAAACAAUAUCUUUGGUAUUGAAGAGGUGCAUAUGUUUACAAACCAAGGAACAGUGAUCCACUUUAACAACCCUAAAGUUCAGGCAUUUCUGGCAGCAAACACUUUCACCAUUACAGGCCAUGCCGAGACAAAGCAGCUGACAGAAAUGCUACCCAACAUCUUAAACCAGCUUGGUGUAGACAGUCUGAACAGUUUAAGCAGACUGGCUGAAGCUUUGCCCAAACAAUCCGUGGAUGGAAAAGCACCACUUGCUACUGGGGAGGAUGAUGAUGAUGAAGUUCCUGAUCUUGUGGAGAAUUUUGAUGAGGCUUCCAAAAAUGAGGCAAACUGAAUUGAGUCAACUUCUGAAGAUAAAACUUGAAGAAGUUACUGGGAGCUGCUAUUUUAUAUUAUGACUACUUUUUAAGAAUUUUUGUUUAUGGAUCUGAUAAAAUCUAGAUCUCUAAUAUUUUUAAGCCCAAGCUCUUUGGACACUGCAGCUCUUUUCAGGUUUUGCUUAUACACAAUUCAUUCUUUGCAGCUAAUUAAGCCGAAGAAGCCUGAGAAUAAACUUUGAAACAAAGGUUAAUAAAGUUCUUUGCCUAGUAAAAGAAAAGAAAACAAAACAAAACAAAAAGCUUAUAUCAUUAAGGCCGGGCACAGUGGCUCACACCUGUAGUCCCAGCACUUUGGGAGACCAAGGCAGGUGGAUCACUUGAGUUCAGGAGUUCAAGUACGGCUUGGGCAACAUGGCGAAACACCAUCUCUACAAAAAACUAAUAAAAGUAAAAUUUAAAAAAUACUUAUAUUAUUUAAAUCUCACUUUUCCAUAAGAAUGCUUGUAAAGUGGUGGGCACAGGUUCUUUGGGAUAACAAUCAAUAAUUUUGUAACAUAUUAUUAUUUUAAUUUUGUUUUUUAGUUUUUCUGGCAUUAUCUCUAAUAUUUUUUUCAGUUUAUUUUCUGCUAAAUUAUCAGCCUAGCAUAAAAAGAUAAUUGUUUGGCCUUCCUUAUAGAAUUUACGACAUCUGACUUCUGUUCCAGAGUUAGUGAUUUUCAGGCAUGGUCACAGCAUUAACAUUAUAACAUCUAUUUAAUAUACACUUAAUGAUAUUGUUAGGGGAUAAAAAGAUUUUAAAAUUCAAUAGCAGUAGAAAUUGAAUUAAAAAUACAAUAAUGACCCAAAUCACCAUCUUCUUAAUAAACAAAAAGAACAAUGUGGUUGACGUGAUCCUGACAAAGGAAAAUGAUGUAUUUUUUAAACUGAUAAAAGUGAUGUAGCCAACAGGCAAUAGUGUAAUUAAUUAGUUUUAUAGUUUACUCAGCCAAUUUUUGAAUAAUAGAAUGUGAUUUUUGACAGAUUUUUAAAAUCUAGAGGGCUUUGUAUCAUUUCAAAAUUUUGUACCAAAGACACAUAUAUAUGUCUUUUAUAUAUAUAACUAAUUAUCUGUAUUAAUACAUAAUUAGUUCAAAUUCACAAUGUUAAAAUGUUCAUAAAAUAUUUCCGGGGAAUGUGUAUGAAUAUUAAAAAGUGGAAUUUAAAAAAGUAUCUCUGAUGUAUGGUAGAAAGGACCUGAGUCAUUUCCAAAUCCUAGUUGUCUUAAGCUAGGAGCAGGCAUCUUGUUUAUACUUUAGUUUUUCUCUACUGAAAGUUCUGGAGCUUUUGAUUCUUAACCUUUUUCUGAAUGUUCUACUUCUAAAAGGUAGGUGAAAUGGGAUGGUUAGGAUAUCUAGAAUAUCUGGAAACUAAGGUGGGAUAGAACAUGAUGAGUUAUUUAGAUGAAACUGGAUUAUGACAGUUAAGUUAGUAGGCAGAAUUAGGAAGUGACUUGGUUCAAAACAACAGGAAUGGGAAAUUAUGAUGUAUUGGCUUCACAGCACAAGAAUUUUGUAAAAUUCUCUUGGGCAGAUUAUUUUUAGAAGAGAACCAGUUUGGUUUUUCUCUUUUAAUGGGAUUCUUUAUUCCUUGCUUGAUCUCAUUUUCACUAUCAAUGAGCUUACAUAAUUUGUAUCUACAGAUUUAGUUCUCUUGUAGCGUAUUUUUUUUUAAAUCAAAUUAUGCUGUUCUUCCUACUCCACUAAUUAUUUGGCAUAUCAGUCAUAAGAGUACAUGAGCAAUAUCAGUUUGGAACUGAAAACCCUCUAUUUAUAAUUAUGGCAGCUAAUAUCUAUUAAAUACUUAUUAUAUGUUAGGCAUUAGGCUAAGCCUAAACUGUCUUAUUUAAUUUUCAUAAGUCUGUGAGAUGUAAGUAGCAUUGGCCUUAUCUCAUAGUUGAGGAAAUUUAGGCCUUCUUACUAUAAUGGAGAGGAAUGUUAUUAAUGCAUCUCUAGGAAACCUAGUUCAGUAUUAACAGACUUAAAUUUUUGUUUUAAUAACAUUGAAUUCUCCUGGGCUAUCUGAAACAUUUUAUAAAUUGCUGCUGUGCGAAGGGAAAUCAAACAACAAAAAUACACCUGGGGAGGGGGAGAAAGUUUCCGUAUGUUUGUAUUACUUUGGAACUGCUGACUCUAUCUCCUGUGUUUGAUCUUACUUUAAAGAUUGUAAUACUUUUUAGUGCUUUUUUAAAAAUUAAGUUUUAUUGUGAUAUAAUUUACAUAUCAUAAAAUUCACCCAUUUUAAUUCAAUAAUUAAAUAAUUUUUAGUAUAUUUACAGAAUUGUGAGCCAUCACUACAGUCUGGUGAUGGUUUUAGAACAUCCCAUCAU